AUGGAGACCACCACCCCGGGGUCGGAUGCUACAGGAAAGGAAAUGGUGCCUUUGAAAGAUGAGGAGUUCAAGGACCCCAAGCAAGACAAGGGUCCGCUGCUCACGGUGCAAGGGCUUCAAGGGCCUGAAAGUUUGGCCGGCAAGAAGUUCCGUAGUAUUCAGGAGCUGGAUGAUGCCAUGAAGCUCCGGUGGGAUGACAAUGCAGACCGGCACGGUGCGCCGGCUCUUUCCCGGCAAAGGCCGGGCAACGAGGGCUUUGGCUUCGUCGCGCGCGAUGAUGGCGGACGAGGGGCCAGGCACGGUCGCGGCGACGUCUUCCUUCACUUCUCGGACCUGGAGCCGGGAGUGGGUUCUUCCGAGCUCGCUGUGGGUGCCAGGGUGAAGUUCUACUGGGAGGAGCCAGCAGACGCCCAGCGUGGACCGGGCGGCCGCGCCCGGCGCGUGUCGCUUGCUGAGCCUGAGGGCACGCCUGCGAUGUCCAUGAAUUCGGCCUUCGGGGCUCAUGCCGUGGAAGUGACUUCGACCACGCCGUUGUCGCGGCUUACGGGCAUGAGCAAUUGGAGCAGCGCAGCAUCGCUCCAAGCAACCCCAGCGCCCCGCCCGCGACACACAGGCCGAGUUUAUCGCCGCGAAAGUUUGCUGGCUGUGGAGGGGAAGAUGCGCUCAGCGGGCCACCUGAGAGACCCCAGGCCGAUGGGGGUACCACGCCUGCUUCCUAUGCCCAAGUGGUACUGGGACAACGAGGGCUGCGUCAGUGAGGACGAGACCGACGAUGAGGCCCGCCUUCGGGCACUGGAGGCUCGCCUGGACCGCGAGAACGGGGCGGACGCCAAGAAUGUUGAGACCUUCGGAGAGGCGUGGGCCGUCGAGGCCUGGUCCUUCGAAGACGCUUUGGCCGCGAACCAGAGGAUUGCGGCGCAACGACAAGCCGGAGGCUUCGCGGCGAGGCCCGUGGCACCAGCUCCGGCAUCACCCACCUGCGCUCGCGCUAGCGCAGAUGGCUUUUUCGGCUCUGAGAGACGGAACUACUUGGAUGGCGAGCAACCCGUCAUCCCAACAAUGAUCUUGCAGUAG